UUCAGGUAUUUUAUGCAUGGUGUGUGUCGGGAAGGAAGCCAGUGUCUGUUCUCACAUGAUUUGGCAAACAGCAAGCCAUCUACCAUCUGCAAGUACUAUCAGAAGGGCUACUGUGCCUAUGGACCUCGGUGCAGAUACGACCACACGAGGCCCUCUGCUGCAGCCUGUGGUCCUGUGGGCAGCAUGCUCCACAGCACGCCCUCCCCAGGUUUCCACAGUCCUCACCCCCCAUCUGACCUCACAGCAUCUGUCGUGAAGACUAACUCACAUGGGCCUGGGAAGCGUGAAAAGAGAACGCUGGUUCUUAGAGACCGAAAUCUCUCUGGCAUAGCUGAAGAAAAGACUUACCUGAGCAUGGUGAGUAAUCCAGGCAGCUGCAGUGACCCCCAGUCCAGCCCAGAGAUGAAGCCGCAUUCCUACCUUGAUGCCAUCAGGAGUGGCCUUGAUGACCUGGAGGCCAGCAGCUCCUUCAGCAGCGAGCAGCAGCUGUGUCCCUAUGCAGCCGCGGGGGAGUGCCGAUUUGGGGAUGCCUGUGUCUACCUGCAUGGGGAAGUGUGUGAAAUCUGUAGGCUGCAAGUCCUGCAUCCCUUCGACCCAGAGCAGAGGAAGGCUCACGAGAAGAUCUGCAUGUCAACCUUUGAACAUGAGAUGGAAAAGGCCUUUGCCUUCCAGGCAAGUCAGGACAAAGUGUGCAGUAUCUGCAUGGAAGUGAUCCUGGAGAAGGCCUCUGCGUCUGAGAGGAGAUUUGGGAUUCUCUCCAACUGCAAUCACACGUACUGCCUGUCCUGUAUCCGGCAGUGGCGGUGUGCCAAGCAGUUUGAAAACCCAAUCAUUAAGUCUUGUCCAGAAUGCCGUGUAAUAUCAGAAUUUGUAAUUCCGAGUGUGUAUUGGGUGGAAGAUCAGAAUAAAAAGAACGAGUUGAUUGAAGCUUUCAAACAGGGAAUGGGGAAAAAAGCUUGUAAAUACUUUGAGCAGGGCAAGGGGACCUGCCCAUUUGGAAGCAAAUGCCUGUACCGCCAUGCUUACCCUGAUGGGCGGCUAGCCGAGCCCGAGAAGCCGCGGAAACAGCUGAGUUCUGAAGGCACCGUGAGGUUCUUUAAUUCAGUGCGGCUCUGGGACUUCAUCGAGAACCGAGAAAGCCAGCAUGUCCCUAACUCUGAGGACGCUGACAUGACAGAGCUUGGGGACCUCUUCAUGCAUCUUUCUGGAGUGGAGUCGUCAGAACCCUAGAAGGAGAUAGUCACCUCUGCAUCUUGGGCUCCACCGGCUGAUACUGUCCCAAGCCAGGGUGUGCAGAGCUUCCCUGUACUGCAGUCUGCGGUGGUGUGCUGUGUGGAUUUGAGUGGGGUUGUACUUACCCUUGAUCUUAGCCACUCUCCGUUAUUACAGCCAUGGGAAGAGUGAAGUGUAUACAGUAACCUACUACAUGUACGGAAUUGCUUCAGAUAAUCAUAGUCGCUACCUUAGUUACACUUCAGGCCCCUUCAGGGGGACCAGCUAACCACUCAGAGCAUUUUGAUUGACUGCUUUAAAAACUAUCCCAGCUCCUGUCCUUCCUGAUCUUUUUCUCUGAAACAGUAAACUUGCACCUGUUCCUAAUGCAGCAGAUACAUUUUCUUACCAAAGGAUUCGGUGAAUUCAAUGGUGAAUUGAGAGGAUUCUUCUAUAGCAGAUUUUUCUAUUAAAUACCUAGUGUGGCAAAAAUUUUGAUUUAUACAGAGCUUGUCCAGAGCACACAAUGUACAGUAAGCAUCAUACAGCUGUAGCAUGAAAUUUUACGUAGGGCUUAAGGACAGUCUUUUGAGCUCUUUCAAGUGUCCCAAGUCGGCAGCAGUCUUGUUGCCAUUUGUGCAGCAAAGUAAAAGUGCAAAGAGAUCUUUUCCCUGGUAGGGAGGCCCUUGUGUCUGGGGGCCUGGAGCUCACAAGUCCUACUGCAUGUAUCUCCAGCCAGGGACCUCCAGGGAAACCAAGUCCCUGCUCUCACCCGUACUGCAGACUUUCAAUACACACCUGCUGGUACAAUGCGUGAUUUACACUCAAGCAGUCUCUUCUCUGUAAAGCCAGGCUUUGAUUUGAAGUGUUGUUAAGAUUUCCUGGCACCCACCAUUUCUGAUUUUGACCCAGCAGCGGUCCUGAAGAGAACUAAGGGCAAGUUUCUGUAGUCAAUUUGAAGGGCGAGCACAACUUUAUCAGAAUAAACUCACUCCAAGCCUGAAUUUAUCUAUUUUUGUUUUUUUAAAAAAGCUGUAGACACCAAAUAUUUUAUAAAAUGCAUUACUUAACCUCU